AUGGAUUUGCAGGAAGCCAAGCAGGAUUGGGGUAUCCUCAAUAUCACCAAGAAUCCAAUCCGAGGAGAAAACACGAGGGAUUCAGGCGCCGAUCGACACCUUUCCGACGACAUUCUCAACGACAUCAUGACCUGCCAGGAAGGAAAGGACGGAAAUGUUUUCGGCCGAUACUUCCCCACGGCGGCCGCCAACACCCAUAUCCGCCGCUCACACGCUUCACCCAAGACUCCCGGUGUGACCGAGUUUGAUAACAUAAAGACCUGCUAUGCCAUGCGAUUCAAGAACUUCCGCCAUACUCACAGGGAAUUCUUGAACGCACUGGCAGCGCACGAAGACCUCGGAUCGAAAUUAUGGUGCAUCGAGCCCCUACGAUAG